GUAUUUACGCACACAAAUCGUCGGGGGAUCAAUAUCAGAAAUGGCGGCGCGGGAGGAGCAGUUCCAUAUGGUGCGAUCGUCCAUGAUCGACGAUUGACGUUGAAGCGGGAGAAAAAAAAUGGCACACGACGUUUCUCGCCGAUCGACAACGCGGCGAAGGUGCACAGGUCGUUUCCUAGCGGCGGAGCGCCCGGGGUCAUAUUAGGCCACCGUCAACAACAUCGGACGUCACUCGUGACGUGAACGUGCGUACAUCAGAGCUCUCCGAGGGACGAGAGAGAGAAAGAGAGAGGGGCUCUCGACGGCGAGACCGGCUGACAGAUCGCCACGCGCUGCGCCGACCACUGAUCAACCGUCACCAUGGCGAAAGAGAUGAUGAUAGUAUUCGUUUACGACACUGCAAAGUGUUGUAAAGAGGAGGAUGACCCUGCCGAGGCGGUUAUGUAUUUUCAUCCGGCUUGGGUAUCUCUCACGCAGAGACUGGCUCUGGCGGGGCAGCUGAUGGGUGUGCAUCACUUCCUGACGACGUCGUUCUCUGCACCGCGUUCCAUCACGUUGCAAGGCGGCAAGUUCGUGUUGAAGAAGUUUGGGCAGUACGUACUGGCAGUGGGGACUGAUAGAAACAUACACGACUGGAUACUCGAGAGACGCGCUAAUAUUCUGGAAUCGUUGUUGAAGUUCUUUCACUGCGAUUUCGUCCAGAUAUUGGAAUCUCUCAACAAUGAUCGCAACAGAUUCACCGAGAAAUUGUAUCAGAUGUUUGAGACCUAUCUGCCAAUUCUUCAGCAUAGUGCCAAUCUAUUUUCCAACAUUCCUGUUAUUAAACUUCCAAAGAGUGCCAGCAACAUAUUCCUGGAAGGAAUGCAAGUGUUACAGCAUUGUCAAGAGAUAAAUGGCAUUUUGGGUGGAGCAUUAUUUUAUAAUAACAAGAUAGUCUCAACACAGCUGGGAGCGGACCUAACAAAACAGAUAGUCAUAACUGAUCCUUACAGAAUAAAGGCUCCCGCGGAAAGGAUACCCACGGAAUUUCAUUUGCCAAUCGGUGUUCAAUUGUUCCAAGUGUACAUAGACCGGAAACAAUUUGCGAAGCUGAUGCAAGAGGCGAAUAACGAGCGGUAUUACAAUUCGUGUCUAGAUACCGCGACCAAGAAAAUAUUACAAAGAAAGACCGUAUCCAAGAGUGGCGCUAAGGAACUGCCUAUAUCUGGCAUGAAGCGGGAUACUUCAAAAAUUUUCACUGUUCCCGAAGAAAGUGAACUGGAUUCUACGAAUUAUUCGCUGGCGUCGCAAUACGUGUCGUCUGUACCACUCGCGAUCAACCAUGAGUCGCCAAUAAGACGCAAGCAAGAGAUCAAGUCAGAACGAUCCAAGAGUAGUGUCAUCGUCAACCCGCUCACGCCCAGCGUCUGCGCGACGCCGUUGAAAGACGUGGACCGAGUACUACACGGAAAUGCUAUGCUCAUCUGCUCAUCUGAAAGUGGCGGUGAAAACGAGGAACUUAAAAACUCGAAGAAUCCCGAUGACGAUGACAUUCCGGAUGUCGUUAAAGAAGCGCUUAGAUGUAAACGCCUGAAUAAAUUGAGAAAUGCUGCCUCGAAGGAGAAGCUGAUGAAGAAGAAGGAUCCCGAUAGAAAGAGCAUGAGUUUGCCGGAUUUAACGUCAUCAAUAAAGUCGAGCUUGACUAUUCCUAGAACUCAGCGACCAGAGCUGGAUAAAACAAUAUGCAAAUUAAAUGAAGCUUCACCGGAUGAUCGCAAUCUGAAUUCAUCUCAGAGGAAGCUCACCAGAGAUAGUAUACGGCACUCGCGUACUAUUGUCGAUCCCUGUUAUCCCAUUUUCCGAUAUGAUGGUCUACCAGUUUCACAAUCAUUGUACGAGCAAUAUGUUGCCUCACACUGCGAAGAGUUGCGCGAUAACAGCAAUGGCAUUAAUGAGCAACAUGACGGCAGCGAUAAUCUGCAAUUAAGGAAUCUAUCGAGCCACAUGACGAGUGCAAAAUUACCAGUAAACAAUAGUCGGAACUCAUUCACAAAAGAUGUUCGCGAAGAGUGCACGUCCGGAUAUGAUAAAAACAAGCAGGAAACGUACAAAAGGUCGAUGAGUCUGCCGUUGAAACCACUCAAUGUCGUCGCCGAGGUGCACAACGGUGAUGAUCGACGGAAAUCGACGUCGGAGUGUGGUGAUGGAAAUUCAUUUGAAUUUCCACAAAGGCGGAAACUAGAUGGUUUACAAUUGACACCACUAAUGUCGAAACUAAGUCUACUGGCCGACGAAAGGACCAGCGGUUUCUGCAGCCGCGAUACCACGCCGAGCGAAUUCCGCGACCUGUCCGGAUUUUCCGGUGGCGCGACUGCCACUGCCACGACAACAACGAAUCAGCUGAUCAGACAGAAACUGGAAUCCGUCGAGAAGGAGGCAAGCGACGGCGAGGACGAAUUGGACGAGGAUUGGAUCAAUAAGGACGAUCCUGCCGCCUGCCUCGUGAAGACUGAGCUUUUUCUCUGCGGCUAUCAGAACAUGGUGCUGAUAUUGCUGAUGGAAAACGGCACCGGAAAUAAUCCGGAUUUGAUACAUACUCUGUGGCAUACUUGUGUGAACACAUUGGGUAAGCUCGAGUCACGGUUACAGCAGUGCCUAGAACCAUUGCCAUCCACGGAGAACAAGGAAUUGUACAGUAUUCUGAAUGUGGACCCGCAAUGGGACACGGUGCAACGUUCUGGACUCUGGGGUGUCACCGAGUUGGAUAUUGUAUCUUGCCUUCACGAUAGGUUUACAAAAGCUAGUAAUUUGACAGACAUCAUCGUCAGAACGGAAGACACGGUGGUUUACGGUAAUCAAAGCGGAGGAGUAGAAGUCUUCUACCAACAAGCAGUGGCACCGAGUGCUUUCGCGACGCUUCCGACCCCGGCGGAUCUGAUGGGGAUCGUAGCUCUCAAGGCGAAGCGUCGAUUGGAAAGAGAUCAUGGGAUCGUGCUAUUAUAAAUCCAGAAUUGCACAUAUUCGUUUUGUUCUUUUUUGUCGGUGAAGAAAGAAAACAUAUAUUUACAAUUUCGCUUGUUUAUUCCCGGCAAAAAAAUGAUCAUAUCCAGUACGAGAAAAGUCAGACGUUAUUUUGACGAGAUAAUUUUAACAACGGGAGAUAUAUGGGAUAUAUACGGGACGUUUUUCUACAUGUAUUUUUGUAAUCUGUGAUUUUCCAAUAUAUAAGCAUAAUUCCAGAAGAA